AGAAGGGCGUCGAUUGUCGAAUAAGCAGCAGCUGCAGUAGUCGAAUCUUACUCUGUAGUCUACUCAAUCAUUUUUUCAAAAUUGAAGUGAUAAUUUUUAGUAACAAUACAAUAUCCAUAACUGAAAUGUAAGAAGUCGUGAUAAAAACAAUAUUCUUGUAUGUGCACGAAAUUAUUGUCUCCCAAUAAGCACUUUAUAUCAAUGAACAAUUUUUUUAGUUAGUGUUGUUUUUUGUCGUAAAUUAAUUCAAGUGUGUUUACAGAGUUUUUUCCCCGACUGUAUCUCCAGAAUACAUAUAAGUCAGUCAGUGUUAACCUACCGUAUGUCAUUAUGACAAUGACCAAAAUCAACGAUUUACUUAUUAAUACCAAUGGUAAGCGUGUUCAAACUGAUAACUUGGAAAACGAUAAAAAACGUUUAAGAUGUUCUAAUGAGAAUGUAGCUCCUGUUAAACCACAUAAAUAUGUAUCAAAAGAGGAUACUACUGCAAAUCAAUUUAAUGAGGAAAUUAAUAGAACAUUGAAUAAUAAAAUGGCCAGCAAGAGUGAUAUUUCUCUGCAGCAAAAUCCACCUAGUAUUACUAACUCAUCUGUGUUAUAUGUGAACAGUGAUCGUAAAAAUGUGAUGCCCAUAUCGGAUUCUGCUUGUACUGACAUAAUAAGCAGUACUGAUCAAUCUGCUAUUCCAUGCAUUACACUUGAUACUGAUAGUGAUGAUGAUAGUGAAAAUAGUAAUUUUAUUAUGAAUGUUUCAUCUGACGGUAUCACUGUAGAAUAUUCUAAACAAAAUUGGCCAGUUAUUUUAAGAAUGUUACAGGAUCCAAUAUCUGGCAUCAAGCUUUUUGAAAGUAUUCUAAUGCAAAAAAUAGCACUUCAUUUAACUGAUACUAGUUCAAUGGGUAAAGAUCGUUAUUUAUUAGACACAGUUAAACAACGAGAACAAAAUUUAAAAAAUGGCUGCUUGAGCCUGCGUAAAGAAAUAAAUGAAAUAAGGAUAGCAGUGCUAGAAGAUAAACAAAGGUUGGCUAAAUUAAAGAAUCAUAGUAGACCAAUAUACACGACCACUGGUGUACAGGCUACUUUAGACAAUAAUGAAAAGGAAUCUCAAAAUACUUUGGCUGAAUUAAGAAAAUCCGAAAGUCGUAAGCCUAUAGUGACAGACUCUUCUUAUGGGGAAGGGAAAAAAGAAUUUGAUGAGAAUCUAGAAACAUACAUAUUAAAUGAUUCAUCAACUAAACAAGCAAAUCAGCAAGUUAUCGAUGAACUCCUAAAACCACAGAAAGUUUUGCCCAAACUCCCUGUAUUACAGUCACAAAGACAAGUUACUGAAAUACCUCAUAAACAUGCACUUCCAUUAAAUCAAACUGGUAAUGAUUGUUCCUCAAAAAGUGCGAUUGUCACUUCACAACCACAGAUUAAAAAUACAAAUCACACUAUGUCAACUGGUAAUAUGGGAAAUGACGAAGUAAUUCAAACUUUACAUAUGGAUGGUAAAAUUACUCCAACUUCUGGUAUUCCGCUUUUACAACCCAAAGUAACUGCAGUUAUGGAACAUGUUGAAAUAAGUAAUAAUUUAAGAAUAAAUCAGACGGUUGUAAAUGGUACAUCAUCAUCCCAACAGUGUGUUAGAGACAACCAAGAAAAUUUAUCAAUGUUGAAACCUGUUCCAUUAGCAAUUCCUCUGCCUAUAGCUAUACCAUUACCUGUUAGCAAUGACGAUUCCUCAUCUCGACCUGCUCAGUCAUUACAUGACAGUUCAGGAAUAACAUACCAACCACCUCCGGUUCCUAAGAUAACCCUUGAACUAACAAAGGAUCGUCCACAUCCUGCUGUUAUGUUGUUAUGGGAUUUGGAUAAAGACCAGAUCACUACACCCAUCAAGAGCUUUGAAGUUUAUAGCUAUGAGUUAUGGGAUAAUGCAAAAAAGCCAAAACAGUGGGUGCUAAUUGGCGAAGUCAAAGCAUUGCCCCUACCAAUGACAUGUACAUUAAAGUUGUCGAGCAACAAGGACAAACGAUUUUACUUUACAGUUCGAGCUAGGGACGUUAGUGGUAAAUUUGGACCAUUUAGUCAGCCUGAGUGUGUGCCCUUAUCAUAAUCUGUAGUAUAACUUAACAGCAAAAUUUUCUUUCUUGGUCAAAAAGACUAUAACAAAAUUAUUUAUUACUAUAAUUUUUUUUUAUAUUAAUGAACUUCAAUAAUAUUUUUACUUAUUAUAAAGCUAAAUAAAUAUAUCUUAAAUCAUUUUUUAUUUAAGAUAUAAACCGAAGUUUGAACAAAUUGAGUGUUUUUUUUAUUAAAAUAAUAAAUACAUUAUCAAAAUUGUUGUUAUUGAA